AUGCUUAGUUACGUUGUGUUGAACGACAUUGCUCGAUGUGUAUCCCCCUUCAAUUAUGCCUCCCCACGGAUGAUCCAAAAACUAGUACAAAACAUUACAACCAUGGACACGGACGCUUCCAGUGAUGCCAGGAAAAAAGCAGAGGCAGUACUUGCCUCGCCGACCUUGCAGUUCAACAUAGCCGGGUUGCCCGCGCUAACGGACUUCCUGAACGAGCAAAUGGCCGAUGCAAACACUUACAGCCUCGACAAUAAUGUCGCUAUUUUAAAGAUUUACACUCUGUUUCCACAUAUCGCCGACCCUAUCGUCAUACAGAAGAUAUUGGUUCAAUGCCUUACGCAACUACCGGCCAAUGACUUCAACAUAUGCAUAGCACAGGUACCGCUGCCUACACAGGAACAUCCGGUGAUCGCACAGGUGGUCUCCCUGCAUAAUAUGCUGCAAAGCUGCCUAUUCCAUAUGUUCUGGGAUGCGGCACGUAAACCAAUGGCAGAAACUUCCUCCGCUCUUUUCAUAGAGGUACCUGGACUUCGCGAAUCAAUUCGCCGCUUCAUUCUAGACGUUGUACCAUUGGUAUACCUUCAGAUGAGUGUCCCAGAGCUAUUGGCCAUGUUGGACUUUGAGAACAAUUGCGAAGAGUUUGAACAACUCCUACAAUCGUGCCGAUGGACGCUGGAGGGAGGCUAUAAAAGAGACGACCCUAAUUCGGGAAUAUGUGUUCCAGCUGCACGCGAGGACGUAGUCAAACAAAUUAAACCUCAGGAUACAGAGAGUGGUAUAGAAAAGUAUUUCAAGACGGACUCUAUGAGGCUUUACCAUUCCACCCUGCGUCAUGCCGCAGGCUAA